GCACGCGCGCGUUGCUGGAGUUCCUGCGGCUGCACCCUGACGUCCGUGCACUUGGCUCUGAACCCCACUUCUUCGACAGGUGCUACGACCGUGGGCUCGCCUGGUACCGGGGUCUGAUGCCACGUACCCUGGAUGGGCAGAUCACCAUGGAGAAGACCCCCAGCUACUUUGUGACUCAGGAGGCUCCCCGCCGAAUCCAUAACAUGUCCCCAGACACCAAGCUGAUUGUGGUGGUGCGGAACCCUGUGACCCGGGCCAUCUCUGAUUAUGCCCAGACACUCUCCAAGACCCCAGGCCUGCCUAGCUUCCGUGCCCUGGCCUUCCGCCAUGGUCUGGGUCCUGUGGACACAGCCUGGAGUGCUGUGCGUAUUGGCCUCUAUGCCCAGCACUUGGACAAUUGGCUACGGUACUUCCCUUUGUCCCACUUCCUGUUUGUCAGCGGAGAGCGCCUGGUCGCUGAUCCAGCCGGUGAAGUGGGCAGGGUACAGGACUUCUUGGGCCUCAAACGGGUUGUCACUGACAAGCACUUCUACUUCAAUGCUACCAAGGGCUUCCCCUGCCUCAAAAAGGCCCAGGGCAGUGGCCGCCCCCGCUGCCUGGGUAAAUCCAAGGGCCGGCCUCACCCCCGAGUGCCGGAAGCUGUGGUUCAGCGCCUUCAGGCUUUCUACCGGCCCUUCAACCGAAAGUUCUACCAGAUGACUGGCCAGGACUUUGGCUGGGACUGAUCAAGGCCCAGCUCAGCUUAUCCCUGGAUACCUAGUAGCUUUAAUUUAUGUCUGUCUGCCUGGCCAAGGCAGGCACUACACAUGCUGUGUAGAGAGAGUAUUUAAUAAAUAAACCAAAC